AUGGCAUUUCUCAUUCCUACAUUUGACCAACUUUUGGAUCAAUUAGGCUACGGGACUUCUUCCCGCCCCCGGUCUGAAGUUUUCCAGAAGGGUGUCGAGAAGUUCAUACGUGAAUUUAUAUCUUCUGAUGGUGAAAGAGGCAUCGAUCUUCGCAAUUGGUUUGUGUAUAAAGACGCCUUUAACGAUAUGGCCAGACUAUUCUUGGAAGAUUUGGGAGGCGGACGGCAUUUUUGGCCGGACUUGGAUACUCCCGCAUCUCCCAUACGUCUAAAAUAUGCUGUUAAUCAAGCGGAUAUUAUGACCCAACUGUUCUUCAGAGCUAUUAAUACGAGCCCGCCGUAUAAGCUACACAUUGAUCAAGACUCUCGCUUAUCUUUUACUUCAAGAGCAAGCAAAGAUUAUACCGAGAACCUACACAAGAUAUCCAAGUUCACAUACACUGUAUGGAGAGCCACCAAAUUUGUUACUUUUGUUUCCGACUGGCAACCUCAGGACGGUUUUCAAGUAAGCUCUUUGAGUGGGCUUAUGAGCCGGCUGCCGGGCGCUCGUGAUGCAACGGGCAUCAGAAUUUCCAUGAAAGGUCCAGGAUUUUUUAUUACUCAAUCAUGCUUUGGAGAAGAUGAUUUUGACCGACUGAUGGGCCAAUCCGCUAAGCAGAUUGAUCGUUGUUUGGCUCUUGGUGUAGACGGUGGACUCGACAACUACGGUCUCCAUACUGACUUCAUUCUUCUCACGGGCCAAAAGCCAUCCUCACGGUGGAUAUUCAGUGGGAGAGGAUACUGA